UCAGAAUCUGACCCUGAAGUUUCCGGGUCUAACCUGUGAAGGUGGACGUGAUUGGACGCCGUGUAUGAUUGGCAUAGCGAUUGGAUCUCGUUAUAAUAUUUUGGACUUCCACUGAUUUGAUGUCGAUGACGUUUAUUUUUACCUAGCUGCUAUUGGACAACGCUGUUGUCAAUCAGAUGCGGUGAUCAGUCUUCAAUUGUUUUUUUCUUAGUUUGUACUCAGUUGUAUAUUCUAUAAAUAAAAAGUCCGGAAUUGUCUGGAAAACUUAAAUUAACUCAUAAUUUUUUCUUCUUCUUAAUUCUUUACCAGGAUGGCAGAGGGGCGAGAUGGAACCGACCCCAGAAGUAUCCAGAGUGCACCGGGAGCUUUGGCGGGACACACACCCCGAGGCUCGGAGGAAAAGGGACGCCGGGAGGAAGCGACCUCUGUGCGGAAAACGCGUUCCAGGAGGAACCGCGGACAUCCACGGUGUCGUGAGGCAAAUCUAGACUGAGGAAGAAAAACUCCAGUUCUUCUCUUCUCACAUGGCCGACACAGAGGACCCGCUUUAACACACACUCGCACUCGCACCAUCCGUGAGCGGACUGGGUGGAGACGGUCGACCCCGAUGAGUUCACCACACACUUCAGCCCGACUCUCACUGUGACCCUCAGGAGCAUGGACUUCAGGAGACUUCAAGGAAUCGAACUCCAGCCGACUUCUCAGCUGUAAAGCCUCCUUUCGUUCCUCAGACUCCACUGUACCGUGCUGCCGCCUUCAAUGAGAGGAUUUUAUCUCCAGUCUCAGAGACUGGUCGUCACCGCAUCUUUCUGUGCAGCUACAACCUGAAUAAUCUCUUCUGCUCAGGCAGCCGUUCGGCCGGAUUACACCGUAAAAGCACACGGCACUUCUUUCUAAUGUCCGUCUGACAUUUUUGUCAUUUUUUAAAAUCUUUUUUUUUUAUUUGCCGGGCAACUCAUUUUUGAAAGCACACUUCUUUGUAUGUCAGUCUUUGACAACUUUGACUCUGGCGUCAUGGCAGCGUCUCGUAGGAGAAAGUGACUUUAAAAAAAAAAAAAAAAGGAAAGAAUAAUAAUAAUAAAAAUAAAUUAGUUUAGAACCAGAGAGUGACUUCUUUCCUUGGCAUGCUGCUGCGUCCCACUGUGUCAGGAUUGUGCGCCAUGUUACAGACCAUCUAUGAGACCGAGUCCUGUUUUUCCUCCGCCAGCACAGACAACCACCACCACCAGCCUCUGGAGCUCCUGAGUGGCAACAGGGGCUCCAGCGCUGCCAUGCCCACCGCCGUGGUGGAGGUGAAGAGCAGCCUCCCGUCGGGCAUGCAGAGCCCAGUAGGAACAGCCAGCGAACACAGGGGAGGAGGAGGAGGUGGAGGAGGAGGAGGAGAAGCUGGUGGAGGUUCAGGCGACGGCCCCGGAGGAGGUGGAGGAGGUCCGGUGGACCUGAGAACAGAAUCCAGGGUAGGCUCUCUGUCCGGGGGUUCGGUGUCGGUGGACACCACCCUCAGAGAGCAGCAGCUCCAGCAGGAACUGGUGCUACUGAAGCAGCAGCAGGAGCUGCAGAAACAGCUGCUGUUUGCAGAGUUUCAGAAGAAACACGAAGUGCUAACGAGGCAACACGAAGUCCAGCUGCAGGAACACCUGAAAGUGUGUAAGCAACAACAGGAGCUGCUGGCAGCAAAAAGGCAGCAGGAGCUGGAACAGAAGAGGAAACUGGAGCAGCAAAGACACGAGGAGCAGGAGAAGCAGAGGCUGGAGCAGCAGCUGCUCCUGCUGAGGAACAAGGAGAAAGGCAAAGAGAGUGCCAUCGCCAGUACUGAGGUGAAGCUGAAACUCCAGGAGUUCCUCCUCAGCAAGAAGGAGCCCGGCCCUGUCGGACUAAACCAUUCCUUCUCCCCGAAGAGCUGGGGAGUCCAGCACAGUUCCCUGGAACAGAGCUCUCCUCCGCAGAACAACACACCAGGAACUCCUCCUUCCUAUAAACUGCCCCCACUGUUGGGGAACUACGAGGGCAAAGAUGAUUUCCCGCUGCGCAAGACAGUUUCGGAGCCCAACCUGAAGGUGAGGUCGAGGUUGAAGCAGAAGGUGGCAGAGAGGCGGAGCUCUCCGCUUCUACGCCGGAAGGACGGCACGGUGAUCAGCACGUUUAAGAAAAGAGCCAUAGAAAUAUCAGUCUCCUCCCUCUGUAACAGCGCUCCAGGUUCAGGUCCCAGCAGUCCCAACAGUUCCAACACAGCCAUCGCCAACGGCAACACGGGAUCAGUCCCCAACAUACAGACCGAGUUGAGGUCUCUCCACCAGACCAUCGGUGCUGAUGGGACUUUGAGUCCACUCAGUCUCUAUACCUCACCAUCUCUGCCAAAUAUUUCCCUGGGUCUCCCGGCGAACACUCACAUCACGGGCCCCCAGAAGCUGUCGACCCAACAGGAGGCUGAACGUCAAGCCAUCCAGUCGCUGCGAGGGGGGGGCACUUUGACGGGGAAGUUUCUCUCCACGUCCUCCUUACCUGCAGGAGCCGGACACGAUGUGGAGUCCACACCAACCAGCUCCCACUCGGCCCACUCCUCAUUACUGCAACAUGUUCUACUGCUGGAGCAGGCUCGACAACAGACCGCUAUGCUAGCUGUCCCCAUGUACAACCAAUCACCACUGGUGACGGCAGAAAGAGGCGUGGCCAGCGGCAUGCGCUCCGUCAACAAGUUGCCUCGCCAUCGGCCGCUGGCCCGUACCCAGAGUGCACCUCUGCCUCAGUCCCCCCAGGCCCUGCAGCAGCUGGUGGUUCAUCAGCAGCACCAGCACUUCCUGGAGAAACACUACAAGAUGCUAUCGAAGGGGGUCGACCUUCCCAGGCCACCCCCCACUCACCCAGAGGAGACGGAGGAGGAGCUAACAGAGACCAACGACAUGCAGGAUGACGACCUCGGGCCCAGGACCCACAGGCUCCAGAAGGACGGGUCGGACGACAGCUGCCCCUCCUCCGAGCGACUCAGCGGACACCUGAAGGGUGAGGAGGACCGCGGAAUCCACGUCAAGGGGGAGAGCACGGAGAGCGAACUGGACGAAGAGGAAGAGGACGAAGAUGUCAUCCACCUGGGAGACGGGGAGGAGGAGGAGCGAGGAAGCUACAGUCAGGCCUUGCAGCAUUUGGGUGUGUUCCAGUCCCCACUGUCCCACCGUCCUCUGGGCAGAGCACAGUCGUCCCCUGCUGCCACUGCCAGUCCCAUCAAACACCUCUUCACCACUGGGCUGGUGUAUGACAGUCUGAUGUUGAAGCAUCAGUGUGUGUGCGGCAACGCUCACAUCCAUCCAGAGCAUGCUGGGAGAGUGCAGAGCAUCUGGUCCAGACUGCAGGAGACGGGGCUGCUGCACCGCUGCGAGAGGAUUCGUGGGCGUAAGGCUUCUCUGGACGAGAUCCAGUCUGUUCAUUCAGAAUUCCACACUCUGCUGUAUGGAACCAGUCCGCUCAAUCGACACAAACUGGACCACAAGAAGCUGCUGGGUCCCAUCAGUCAGAAGAUGUACGCCGUCCUUCCUUGUGGAGGAAUCGGGGUGGACAGCGACACCGUGUGGAAUGAGAUGCACUCAUCAGCAGCGGUCCGCAUGGCGGUGGGUUCGGUCAUCGAGUUGGCCUUCAGAGUGGCCGCAGGAGAGCUGAAGAAUGGCUUCGCUGUGGUGCGACCCCCGGGUCAUCACGCCGAGGAGUCCACGGCCAUGGGCUUCUGUUUCUUUAAUUCAGUCGCCAUCACUGCCAAGCUGCUGCAGCAGAAGCUGGGUGUGGGCAAGAUCCUCAUCGUGGACUGGGACAUUCACCAUGGAAAUGGAACCCAGCAGGCCUUCUACACUGACCCCAACGUCCUCUACAUCUCCCUCCAUCGGUACGACAAUGGAAACUUCUUUCCAGGAAGUGGAGCUCCUGAAGAGGUCGGCUCAGGAGCAGGUGUUGGUUUCAAUGUAAAUAUAGCAUGGACUGGAGGAGUGGAGCCCCCUAUGGGUGAUGUGGAGUAUUUGACUGCCUUCAGGAACGUGGUGAUGCCCAUCGCCCAGCAGUUUGGCCCAGAUGUGGUCCUGGUGUCUGCAGGCUUCGAUGCAGUGGAGGGUCACCAGUCUCCUCUGGGGGGCUACAAUGUUUCUGCCAAAUGUUUCGGUGAACUGACGCAACUGCUGAUGGGUCUGGCAGGUGGGCGUGUUGUUAUGGCGCUGGAGGGGGGUCACGAACUCACCGCCAUCUGUGACGCAUCAGAAGCCUGUGUGUCCGCGCUUCUCGGCGACUCGUGUGAUGCAUCGUUCCAGUGGCCCCCGGAGAAGCCAUGUCCAAAAGCCUGUGCCUCACUGGAGAGAGUGAUAGAGAUCCAGAGCAAACACUGGUCAUGCCUUCAGAGUUUGUCCCAGACACUGGACAGCCCCCUCGGUGCUCAGGGCCAAUCAGAGAAGGAUGAGGCAGAAACAGUCAGCGCCAUGGCCUCCUUGACUGUGGACGUGGAACAGCCGGGCUCCGACCCUGGCAGCGCAGAAACCAGCAGGUCAGCAGAGGAGCCAAUGGAGGAAGAGCCUGUGUUGUAGGGGGAGGAGCCUAAACAGGAAGCACACAAAAGUUCACAUUUAACUCCUUCUAGCACCUCCUCUUCUUUUUCUUCUUCCUCCACGGAGUCUGUGUAGAUUCACACACACGGAUGGGGGGGAGGGGUUUGUGCCAUUGUGGAAAACUCCGAUUGGCUGAGGGGAACUUUUUGGAGGCGAGAGAAGGCGGGGCUGUGAGGCCACUUUCUUGAAAGGUUUUCUGCCCCGGGGAGGAGCAGACGACUUGUUAGCAUCUCCAGUAGAACAGGAGGAGAGGAGUGUGAGCGGGGACACACACACACACACACACUACGUCAACUGUAAACUACCUGUACACAGUGUACCUGAACACAGCACCACUGAAUCUCCACCUUUUCAACCAUUCUUCUGUGUUUCUACGUGUCGUCUCAGCUCCUCUGUUUCCACCGAACGACAGCGACUGCUGGGGAAGGGACUAAACCUCAGGCUCCAAGUGGACGACUGGUCCUCUUGUGUGUCUUUGUCUGUGGACCGGAGAGACCUUUACAAACACGAAAACAGGGUAAAAGGAGAAGCUAGGCGGCGGAUCAGGGGAGGGGGGGGAACUAGGUGCCUUUUUUUGUCCAGAAAAAAACAAACAAAAGCAUGGAUUCAGAAACCACAGAACACCAUCACAGCCUCAGCAAAACAACCAACCAACCAACCAGCCGGUCAAGACUGAAGAGCAACACACACACACACAAGCUGUUGUUUGAGUCCCUUCAUGUUUCAGUCUUUGUUUCCUCAUCUCGAUGCCUUAAGUUGUUCUAAUCUCACUCUUCAACAACCUCAAGAGCGACGUGGAGGAGAAUUGUGAGCGUCAGCGUAGAAACGAGGUGAAAACGGUAAGAACGGUGUUUUCUCUGAUUCUCACGUCAGUUUUUUUGUUUUGUUUUUUUUAAUCCCAACAGCCUCUGAAGCCAUCAAUACACACUAGAAAUAUCCAGGACAAUCUCUGUUGAAUAUUAGAGGUGACGUGGACAAAGAUAUUCAGUCGGACUUUUAUGGAGUGUGGUGAAAGUGUCUCAGGAUUUACUCACGUUCAACAGUGUUUCCUCUAAUGUUUUGAAGCAUGUGAUUAUUUGGAUUACAUGACAUCACAGCUGUCCACCACCUCACCAUUGGUCCACUUUUGUUUUUCCUUCCAGAGCGGACAUGGGCAAACUUCCGACCUGCGGGCCAGAAAUUGCUCGGGGCUUUUUUAAUCUGGCCGACCAAACAUCGUCACAAAAUUGUCCAGAUAAAAAUAAAAUACUUAUUUCGUUUUGUCUUUAUCCUGCAUUACCGAGCUUUUUAGUUGAACCACUAGAGGGCGCACUACAGACCCAGUUGGCUAUUACUGUGGUCCAAAUCUGUACCACUUCACCUGAGUGGGCCAAAGUGGACAGCCAAUGAGAGACUUCCUGUCUGGUACAUGGACGAUCGUGUCAUGUGAUUGACGUUUUAUUGUUGCUAGUUUUUCCCCCCGUUCCUAAGGGAGGCCCCUGAGCCAAAAGUUUGCCCACCCCUGCUCUGGAGUCAUGUGACCUGAGCCCGUCCCCUUCCUCCGUAACAGAAAUUGUUUUACGAUAUCGCUGCAAUUUUUUUGUUUUUUCCUUUGCCUCCAAAUUGUAAAUGUAUUUGUUCGAUGUAAAUACUGUCCAGUCUCGUUGCCCGUUGUUACGACUCGGUGUGGUCACUUUUCUAUAUCUGUACAUACGUAUGUGUAUAAAUAACAAAGUACUUUCUUCUUUUUUUAUAAAAAAAAAAUGGAAAAACACAGCCCGGUGUAUACAGUAUUUUUAUAUACACACACACACACACACACACACACUACAUACACGUGUACGUAUAUUUAUGUAAACAGUGUUUUUAAUCCAAUCAGAUUGGAUUUAUGAAUAUAUUCUUCUCGGAGAUUUGAUGUUUUAAGCGGUUUAGUUGUCGGACAGGAAGUAAGCACUGAUGCCGUCGGAGCGCCACCUGCGGGUGCGUGUCUGUUUGUGUGUGUGUUUCUUUUACAGACAGGCAGCAGUUUGUUGUAGUGCUGGUGGCUGAUGAUGAUGAUGAUAAUGAUGAUGGAGGUGAACAGUGAGUUUCUCAGGCAGAACCAGAACCAGAACCAGGACCAGGUCUUCAGCAGCAGCACAGAGUUAUAGUCAGUGAUUUUUAUUUUUAUUUUUUUAUUUCAUUCAGCCCUAUGUUUUAUCUCAGCUACCGUUGUGCUCUUCUUUGGUCACAACAACAGUACUAGUGUAGGUAACCAGAACUGAUGAUUUGUGCAGUACAGAACGUCCCAUCUGUCUGUAUUUAAUAACGUCAACAAAUGUGACAACCUGAAACACUAAUGUACACAGGUAACAAGAACUACCUUGUUUCCCACAAUGCACCUCAGACAGCUAAUAGAAAAAAAACAUCAACAAUGUUUGAUACUUACAUCUGUGACUUUACAGGGCUGUAAAAAAAAUAGAAUUUUUAAUCUGAUUAAUCACGUGAGUAAUCAUAAUUAUUUGUGAUUAAUCAUGAUUACUUGCCAUUAUUUAAGAUUCAUCAACAUUCCUUUAUAAAUCGCUGAAACAAAAAUACCAACAUCAACAGCUAGAGGUCAGUGUUUCUCACCUGUUUUCAUCAUUAAUCUGGACAAAUGUCUGAGGUUGUUGGUGGGUUUGAAAUGGACAGGGAUUUGGUGUUGGUUGAAGAUCCAAACGAUAUUGAACUGUAGUAACAUCCGACAAGCUACGAAUCGCAGGGUUUUCCAAGAUGUGGCCCACGGGCCAAGUGUGGUUCCCGGACACGACAACUUCCUCCUCUUGUCAAACAUCAAUCGUUGGGUCUUUUCUUUAAAGAACAGAUUUAUUUUUCACACAUGAGAAAGUGAAUUCCUAUCAACACAUUAACGUUUGUUUGUAAUGAUUGGUUCGUUAACAGCAUGAAAACUGUUACAGACUGUGGGAUGGAUGGAGUCGUUCUCUGUUGACGUGAAUUUUUUAAUCAACAUUUCCAAAGUGCUCCUAAUACCUAGUUCAUUAAUAGAACGGUUGUCGGUUUAUUACAUCUUAUGAUCCUGUUUAGAGGAAAACGAUUUGAAAAGCACAUCACGUGUGAUCUACAGCUGGACCAGUCGAUCGUCGUCAGAUUUCAUUUGUCAAUCUGGAAGUUCUGAAAGUUUACCGUGGCUUUGAAAUUGAGCGGCUGCGUCCACUUCUGACAUUCGGUCCACGGUCGGUUACCAAACGGCACGUGAUUGAUGAAGUGGAACAGAAGUGUCGUGUGGGCAACAACAACGUCAGUGUCAUGUACUCAAGGUGUUGAGUAGUCGACGUUUCAGCCUUUCACAUUAACUCUGUGGUGUAACCGUAGUGUCCUGCUGUGAUUGGUUGAGAUUUGGUGCAGGACGGAGGAGGUUCAGCACCACGGUGACUGGCGCCCCCUGUGUUUCAGAACACUCUAAAAACAGUUUUGUUUUUUUUUUUGGGACUGAUCACAAGCACAUUCCUGAUUAUUCUCCAACGUUCUUUUUUUCCCUCUGGACUCUUUCACGUUGCGACGAUUUGUGUUUGAUGCUGACUCACAUGUAUAUAUAGAAGUGCAUAUUGUGUACACAUGUGCAAUACCGGCUAUUUGAGCAAUCUAUUACUGUGACUAUUACUGAUGAUAUUUGUCCCUUUCAGUCUGUUUGGUUUUUAUCUCCUCGUCCUAGUUCACUGUCGACGGGUCGCGUAACAAGAGCUUAAAUAAAGGGAACGUGACUCUUGUCGAUCUUCACACUCAGUCUCACUGCAGGGUUUGUGGACAUUUGUUUGAAGCCCCUUUGCAAUCGGUCGCACUGUACUUUUGUGACGUUGAAACUUUUAAUGUUUGUUUUUUGUUUUGUUUUGUUUUGUUUUUUUAAGUGGGCCUCUUGUUAAACUUGUCUGGAAAUUCAAUAAAGCAAUUCACUGACGGUUUCAUCCACUCGUCCUGAUUAUGAGCGUCACCCACCAGGAGGCGUGUGAGGUGGGGGUUGAUGUGGAUGUGCUGUACGUCUGGGUUCACUGACGGAACCAAAGUUCUGAACUCGACUGAAUCAGUCCUACUGCUUGACAAUGUAAAACUGUAAAUAUAAUUGAACCACUAAAAAAAAUUAUUUUAUCUUUUUUUAUUUAUUUUUUAAAAUAUUUUAGUGUAAAAUACAUUUAACAAAUUUACAUUUCUACCAUUAUAUUUGCACAUAUCCAGGAAGAUCAAAAAGGCACAACAAAUGUCUGCAUUACAGCAUAUGGUUAAACAACGUUCAGUAUUUCAGCCACAAGGAGGCACUGUAGCUGGAAUUUAUAGAAGAAGAAGUCCAGUUAUAAGGUAAAGUCAUCUGUG